UCGGUUCAUUCUUGCGAGAAUUUUGAUUUUAUUAUUAUCUAUCGUACAAAUAUAGUUCGAUUUCAUAGUAUUGUAAAGUCCAAAUUAUUUAACGUUUAUAACAAAUAAUCAGUUUGUUACUCGAAUAUACAAAGAUUUGAUUUGUGAAAUGGAUUCUACACCCGUGGUAAACAUCGAAAAUGGAAAUUCAGCAGAGAAGGAGCUUAAAAACGAUGAGGUUACGAUAACAGUGGUUCUUGCUCCUAACCAAGAAAGUGGAGGCGAGGCCGAAAGUCAAGCCGUCGAGUCUGAACAAAACCAAAGUUUAGAUAUAACUGAAAGUACCGAAAAUCAAGUCGAGCAAAUAUCGUCGAUUACUGUUGCCUCAACCGAUGCUAAUGAGAAAGAUACUAAAGAGGCAGUCACAGAUAGUGAUUCAGUGAUUACUGUUGCCUCAACAGAUACUAUUGAUAAAGAUAUUAAAGAGGAUGUCACAGACAGUGAUUCAAAACCAUCAGAUCCAACUAUCAAAGAACCUUCUAUAACUGAUAAUCCCCCUUUGAAUGUUGAUAACGUAUUGAAAAUUGAGGAUGAUAAGCCAAAAAUACCAAUUGAUGACGAAAAACAAGAUGUUAUUGUUGAAGAAUCAGAAUCAGGAGACGAUGGCGUAGAAUCUUUUUCCGAAGAUGAAGAUCCCAAUGAUCGAGCAAAAGUGUCAUCGGAGUUGACUGCGGAAAAUAACAAUAAAAUUGAUCUUACAACAGCGAACGAAUCGCUCAAUGAAAAGGAAAAGAAGGACCCUGAGGGAAAUGGAGAAGAAGGCUUGUCUAUUGAUAAGUUAAAAAAAGAAGAUGUUGAAUCGGAACUUUUAAUAAAAAAACCUACUGAAACUGAGGUUUCGAAGCAGGAAGAACACAUUCCUGUUCAAUCCGAUUUUUCCAACGCACAAACGAUUGGAAGUGAAGUGAAGUCUUCAGAUCAGAAAGAUUUUAACAACCAAAUUAAAGAAAUAAUUUCGGACAUAGAUAUUAAUAUAAAAGCCCAGGAAAAAAUAACCCAGCUGAAAGAGCAAGAACUGAAGUUGAUUCAAAAGCAAAACGAAUUGGCAAGUCAAAUUCAUCAGCAACAGCUCUUGGCUCAGCAGUUAAGUGAUCAAAACAGAGCAAAGCAACAACCAAAUCAAUGGAAAGCUAAAAGUAAAUCUGAAAUCGAGUCCCAACGAUUCCACCACAGUGAUCCUCCAUUUCAGCCAAUUACUACACAAUCCCAGGAACCCGCAAAUAUAUCGAAGACAAAUAUUGAUUUGCGCAAAAUAUUUACACCAGCGACCGAUACUCCUGAAAUAUUACCGAAGAACCGAAAGCUAUAUGCCUCGUCCGCAUUUUAUUCUCCAACACUACACCCCACUGUGGAAGACCAGGUUGAGCUAGCCCGGAGAAUAUCGCAUUCGUUAAGCGAUAUCUCGAACCAAACAUCUAAGGGUCAAUCAAUGUAUGUCAAUCGAAAAAAACGCUCUGUUAAAUGGGUACAUGAAGGUGGUCAAGCCAAUUGCGAAAGAAAGUCCCCAUCAUUAUUUGAAGCAACAACAAAGUUGGAGAAAAUGCCGCUUAAGCUUGUAAUGAAUCCGAAGGGCCAAGUUCGGGAUUAUAAUUCGCUUAAAGAGUUAAUUAAUGUUGAAACUGGCCUUUUAUCGCCUGACAACUGCGCUGAGCUAAUAAAUGCAUUGCAACUUCACCAAGGACGAGGCGCCGAACUGUUUGCAAAGCGACGCAAAAAAGCCGAUAAUUGGAUUGUCGAUGAAACGAAUGCUGGAACUCAAAGUCUACCAUCUGGUAUUCCAGAUUACCAGCAAUAUCAACCACGGCCAAAGGCAAUAUCGCCAAACAUUGUGCCAGCAUAUUCAGAUGCUGGCAAACACCGCGUUCAAUUAAAUUUGCAUCAAAAUCAGUUAAUCGAAAAGUAUUCAAAGGGCGGUGUGCAGGUAGUCAAGUCGCCAUGGGAAGCUGCUCUACAGACUGGCUCUGCCAGUUCCGCAUUUUUGGAGGAGUCCCCAGACCAAGGUCGAUGUCCCACAGUGUCAUCGCCAACGAUGUAUCAUCGACAAAGCGCGUCCAGGGACUUGACGGAUGCAGCAGUAAAGCCUUCUCAUGAUCUUGGAUUAAAGAACAACCAACAACAUCAUAGAGAGGAACUCUGUAGAAAUAAGAGCCCUGCACCAACACCCUUCAAUCCGCAAAGAGUGUUGGCUUAUACUCCAAGCGUUGCCCAAGGCUGGGGAGGUCGUAAUGUUGAAUUACCAAAAGGUUUAUAUGUACCAAAGGAAAUAUCUCUAUCAAGCUACGUUCCACCACCACAAAAGCAACUGUCAUUUGCUGCAUCUCAAACAAACGAAUCCACAUUUCGACCUUUGCCAAAAUCAAAUUUUGGAACUUCACCUGACACGCAGUCCUCAAAUGGAAGAUUUCCACUACCCAACUCUAAUCCUUUGGGGUACACGACGUCAGUGCCGAAACAACAGCAUUCAUUUUCUCCGCAGCCCAUAAAUAAUAUUGCGCCACAGGUCAACUUUAAUCCUUCGCCAUUAUCCUUUGAGAAACUGUCGCGGUAUGAAAAUCUCCCUGAUAACCAUAGCCAGCAACAGCACUUAAAUAUUCGCCAAAAGACGCAAGUGCAGAAUGCAUCUCCUAUACCAUUUGGCACCCCAAAAUGCACCUCUUUCAAUGAAAACCUAUCUAGGUCACCCAUUAGUUGGAAUAGCCCAAUUGGAGGAACUUCACCGCAACCUCAUCAACUUAGCUAUGUUCCCUGCCAAAAACAAUCGCACCAGGGUCAAUCUUUUAAUAAAUUGGCCAAAGGUUGGGGCGAAGUGCAAAGCAAGCAACAUCAACAGACCUAUUCUAGUCCAUUUAUCCCGCCGGCAACUCUGUCUAGAAAUUUACCGUAUACUGAAGUGCCAUAUUCGGAUUUUUAAGGACAUAUUGACGUAAAGGCAAGACGUCGACGAUUUACCUAACGAUUUGCGACAUAUUACCAUAAACAUGUUCUUAAUGUACUUAUAUUUAUUGUGUUUGUUUGUUUUGGGAUCUGUAAAAAUAAUAUAAA